CUUAUGAUGAUACUGUCAGAGUAUUAAUGUCAUUCAUCUUGCUUUACAACCCUCUGGUUCUUUGACCUCGAAUCUGGUCACUGAUUCAUUCCCACUUCGCCAUGCAUCUUGUCGCUCUCUAGCAUUGAUUCUUGGUUCUCCCCUCGUACGCCCAUGGAGGUGACAUCCUGUUUUGGGAAGCCACAGCAGUGAUCUCAAAGACGCGCCCAAGAUGCGACAUUCUGUAGUGACGCGAAGGCUUUGUCCUCGUGGUAUAUCUCAUGGUUAUUUUCAGUCUUUCAAGUCAAGAACAUGUCCUACUUCUCAACUGGCUAGUCGACCCGGCUUUGGUCGAACAUAUGCGCCACAUCCUAUCCUUGUCUUCUCUCGAAGUGCCUCAAAGGUUUCGUAUGAACAAAAGGCCAAAGAACUGAAUCAGCAGGGCGUGGACGAGGCCCUUUCCGACUUUGAUGAAGCCAUUGCUGAGCAAAAAGACAAGCAAAGCCGUGCGCCGUGGCAUCGACAAGGUGCUGAUGUGCCCCCUGUAAGGCGACAGCGAUCCGCUGGGGCUAUGACAAAAGGGAAACUACUUACAACUCCGUCCAGACUCCUCAAGCUGGUUGUUCCGUUGACAACCAGCGACCAUAAUACCGAUCGAAAGGACGUUGCCCCCUUGGCCCUCCUAGUCCACCCUCAGCAACCUUUGUCAUACCUCGAACGACUGAUCCAGUCUGAAUUGCCCAGCAUCACCACGGAAAAGGGCGAGAACCGUGUCCCAGCGGUCGUGUUCAGGGCCAAGGAGGCCAAGAACGAUGAGAUCAAACCGGACAAGCAGACUCCCGAGGAACAGGAUAAGAAGCCUAGUCUUGGCGAUGGUUCAGUCCAAAGUUACAGUGGUCAGGGAAGAGAGGGAAGUGGCCAAGACGAAGGCGAAUUUGUCAAGUGGUCAGCCUCCACCGAGAUUGGAGAUUUCAUUCGGGACGCUGCUCGCGCCAAAGAGUUCGAGAUCCAAAUCGAGGGGUUCACGGAUGCCAUCAAAGUCGGCGUGCCUUCAUUCAAUGACCGGACCUUUUACCUCCGACAGAAGCUUCGCAAGACCUCCAGGCAAAUCUCAGACAUGGCAGUCAUAAAAAAAGAGUGCGACGAGGCUGCUCACAAGGCUGGCCAACGUAUCGCCAUGUCAGGCUGUGGCCUUCUCAUUGGGUAUUGGUAUGUCGUCUACCGCUUGACAUUUGAGACGGACUAUGGGUGGGACACAAUGGAACCCGUCACCUAUCUAGUCGGCUUGAGUGGCAUUAUUGGGGGUUACAUGUGGUUCCUCUAUCAUAACCGUGAGGUCUCUUAUCGGUCUGCCAUGAAUCUCACCAUCAGUCGUCGCCAAAGCAAGCUCUACGAAGUCAAAGGAUUCGAUCUUCAGAAGUGGGAAGGCCUUAUUGAGGAAGGUAAUGCCAUCAGGAAAGAAAUCAAGGCCGUGGCUACCGAAUACGACGUCGAGUGGAAUGAGCGUGAGGACGAGAAGGAUCCUGCUGUCACUAAAGCUCUCAGAGACGAUCGAAAGGCCUCAAAGGACGACGACGGCCAGUCCAAAGAGGAGGAUGACAAGGACGGAGACGAUGGCGACAAGAAAUGACAAAUUGAGGCUAUUAAAACAGUUCCAUCAUCAGGACGAAUGUGCCAACCUGCGGCUCUCUGCUUCCCAGCAACGACAAUAUAAACAUCUGUCUCUUUUGCUCAACGAGGAACAUACUUGUCUCGGGCAGGAUCAAACAUGGCUGCAUCCGUGCUCCCUCCACUGGAGCUCUGACCUGUGCAGUGGUGGACGUCAGGGUUUCGGUGUACAAGGUUGCGAGAGAACAAACAUUACCUCCGCCGCUGCCUUCUCCUCCUCGACGGUUGCGAUUAUUGCGAAUGUCACGGGAUCGAAAAACGCUGUACAGAAGCCAUUGGGUGACCCAAUUGGGGCCGAAUUCACCGGUUGUGGCACCGCGAUCGAAGAGACUUCGCUGAACGGUGCCCGGUUUGGCCUGUUGCCACGUAUCAAUGACGGCCUGUCGACGACGUUCUGGGCGGAUAUGAUGCCAGAAGAAAGGUUGGGCGAUUGAAGUGUCGUUGCGUUUAUCGUCGACCAAACUGGUGCGGUCCGAGUUGAUCUUGUUGUACACGGCGAUGGCUUCUUCCUUGGGGCCGGUCAAUCGGAGUUUUCGGACGAAGAGGCAGGAGAACGAUUGAUCUUACCCUCAUGGCGCGGUAAUAACCCUCGUGCUUGGGAUCGGAGGUGCUCAGGCCAAGGGCCUUCAUGAAGUCGUCUUUGGGGGCCCGGGGACCGACAGGAUUCGACGGAGGCAUGUUGGAGGAGCAAGGUGAAAAGGAAAUGGUCGAAGAAACAGCCCGAAAAGAGUAUGUGCAAAGGAAGAUGGAGAAGGAUGUCGAGGGUGAAGGGGAGCACAACGAGUGAGUGGCACAAAGGUCAACCAGGUGAGGCUGUGAUGCUGCAGCAGAGUCUAUAUAUUGCAAGCGAGAACCCCGGAUUCCGGGUGGAGGUGGAGAGGGAGCAAACAGGAGCGUGAUGGGAUUCACAUUGCGUCUGUAUGAGCAUGGCGACGAGGAGGACGGGUUUCGCACCUGGGUUGGGCAUGAGGUCGAGGCAAGGCAAUUUGCAAAUUGGCGCUUCUGGCGCGUCAGAGUCGAUUCCGAGAUCCGUCGUCAACAACAGGACAUUGAGCCUGAGGUCAGUGGAAGAGACAGGGCCUGCGAGAUGAGAUGGAAGGCACAAACAAGUGUGGAAAAGUUUGACCCAUGUGCGUAGCCGGAUGACCAGGGCACCGCGUGGUCGGUUGGUUGUUGUGUGGAACCCAAGCCAACACCAAAACGGACAACGGCUCUGGCUUGCCGCGUGCAUACUCUUCAGGGUGCCUCAUUGCAGGUGACAUGGGAGCAUCAGCGUCUCGGUCGCGACGACAAUUCUCAAACUCUUCUAGACACAUGUACCGAAAGUUUCAAAUCGGGGCAGGAUGACGGCGGUCGACCAGGUGGCCAUGAAGGGGAGGGCUAACAAUAGGUAGGCAGCAUGACAGUGUUUUGACAAGAUCGAUAGAUUUUACCAAGUUAAUUAGUCGACGUAUCGGCUCCCCACCAAAGUGC